AUGCCGGUCGACCACUCGCCGAUGAAAGCCCCACCGGGCACUGUAACCGACGCGACGAAUGACGAACUUUGGUUUGCAUCCUUGGAAAGCGAAUUUACAGCUUAUCGUGUACGUUCUGACGACAUAAAAUACAGCGCUGUUGUGCGACAUUUGGACGAACAUACGAUGCUUGCUGUCGCAGACGUCCUUGAGCAACCGCCGAGCACAGAUUCUCUGGAAAAGCAAUUGCGAACAUUAUUGGACGGAAUGGAAUUGGGCGACAAAACACCGUCAGUACUACUAAGGAAAAUGCGGACCUUAGCCGGGGCGAAUGUCACGGACAAUAUGCUUUGCACGUUAUGGUUACAACGGCUUCCUACACGGAUACAUGAGGUAUUAUCCGUCCUGGAUGAUGUGAGUCUAGACAAACUAGCUGCAUGCGCAGAUAAGGCACAUGAACGAGGCUCAGGUAACAAUACAAUUACGUUGGUUAAGGAAUCACAGAGCGAUGAUUUGCAAACAUUGAAAAGUCAAGUCGAGCAAUUAACAAAAGCAGUUGCAGCUAUUGACCAUUUAGCUGGAUAUUUUGCGUCGCCGACGUCUCAACUCCCAUCAUUGGCGCAGAUUUUUUUAUACAAUUUUAAUUUGUCGGUAGAUUUGCGGAGAAGAUGUUUACAGGACAAUCAGACUGGGAUAGAAAGAAGAAGACAACUAAUCUCAAAAACACACGUGUCAGUACAUGCAGUAGUAAAGCCUGGUGCACCUUAUUAUAAAUUAUUGACUGAAUUUAAGAAUCUGACAAAACCUUCACAGCCCCAUGCGCUAAGGCAACAUGGCGUGUACCAUCAUAUCCAGACUAAAGGACCUCCAGUCGCACAGGCAUUUCGUCGUUUGCCACCGGAGAAAUUACGGAUUGCAAAAACUUAAUUUUCAUAUUUGAUAGAGAAAGGAAUAUGCAGACCAUCUAAUAGCCCAUGGGCCUCCCCACUACACUUAGUGCCCAAAAAGAUGCCAGGUGUUUGGAGACCAUGUGGAGAUUUUAGAAAAUUGAACGCCGUAACGGUACCAGACCGUUACCCGUUACCACAUAUACACGAUUUUUCACACGGACUAUACGGAAAGCGAAUCUUUUCAUCCAUCGAUCUAGAAAAGGCAAAUUAUCACAUACCAGUAGCCGAAGAAGAUGUACCUAAAACUGCAGUCAUCACUUCUUUUGGCCUUUUCGAAUUUUUGGCCAUGCCGUUUGGUUUAAAAAAUGCCGCGCAAACGUUUCAGCGUUUUAUGAAUUCUAUUUUCCAGGAUCUCGAUUAUGUCUAUAUUGACGAUAUCCUGGGGGCAUCCGAAUCUCCGGAGCAACAUGUGGAACACCUGCGCAUAGUAUUCCAAAGAUUAUUAACCGCAGGCGUCUCAAUAAAUGCAUCUAACAAGAGGACCUUACGGGUCAUGGGUCAUCGAUUCUUUUCAUACUUAUAGGAUUUGAAGAUCAGUACCCG